UCAUUUAAUCUGAACCGUCCAUUUAUCCCAUCCAACGACUGUAAAACCUACCCCACUACUUCAUUUCUCCGUCAAGGGACAAAGCGAUUUUCAUCAUAAACCCUACAAGAACUCCCUCCAUUCCAUCGAUUACUCUUCUUUUCCCUCUAAAUCGCUUCGUAUUAUGUCAACGAAAGACAAGAUCUUGGGACUUUGAUGAGUGAUUAUGACACCGAUUCUCAGAUUUCUCUCGACAAGUACAAGAUUCGCACCGGAUUUGAUUACAGAAGUUCUUCGUUUAUGAGGUACGGUCUCAAGGUCGUUGUCGAGCUUUCAUAGAGGAAAAUCGAAGUAUUUUGUGAUCGGACUCGGAGGAUUUUGUUUAUCAAGUGUUUAAUUCUCGAUGAGUUGACUCAGGAGUCAGUCCGAGCCUGCUACUGUUAAUAUUCAGCGAUUUGGGGGUCUGAAAGACGGUUACGUAACAGGAAACGAAGAUCUGCUCUUAUUGCAUGACGGGUUGAAGGUACGGGUCGAUGCCUUCAGUUGGGAUGAGACGGUCGAUGAGGGUUUUUGGUACUAGGGUUUUGAGGUCUGGAAGGAGAUUGUGGUCUGCCCCUUUUGGAGAGAAUAAUCAUAAGAAAUCGUCCCCAAGUGAACCGGAAGUCUGGAUCCGUCUCCUUGAGAAUUCUAGCGGUGAGGGUGGCACUAUUGAAAAUGAUCAGCCGGAAGAUUCUGACUCGAAUCGAGACUUGGCUGCAAUGGAUAUAGACGACAAGUCUGUAUCAUAUGGAUCUGAUCAAAAUCUGUCAUUUGGAGGUGAUACUGGUAAUGUGGAUAGGUAUGGUCUUGUUUACAGACGGAAAAGGAAAAUAGCAGAUCCGGGCGAUAGGAUUUUUGGAAAGAAGUACUUCAGGAAGAAAUGGAGAAAACGUAAUAAAAGAGGAGAUGUGGGUUUCUCUUUAAUUACUGAAUCCAUUGAUGGGGAUAGUAGUGGUUGGCUUGUUUGCUUCUUGAACUUGGUUUUAAGAUACAUGUCUGUGAAGGCUAAUUUUAGACUGUCAAGUCUUUCUUCCUUCAUGCUUUCCGAACCUCUGUCGAUGAUUUUCUCGUCGCAUGGAAUUCUCUCUUCUUGGGCUCCCUCCUGGGUUACAAGGUCAGGUAUUUGCAAGAUUUCUGGAGCCAGAUGCUUUAUACCAUUGUUUACUCUGGAAUUUUCGGCUGUUCCUUCCUGUUUUAUGUACUUGCACUCAACUCUACUUCUAAAGUCGGCUAGAUUUCCCAACAUUUUGGAGAACUCAGGUAUGGAAGAAGACAGUAGUGAUAUUGAUGAUUUUGGUCAGCAGUCAUCAUUUGAAACUACUUCUCUCGUCAAACGAGAUUCAUUAUUGCUAGACAGUGAUAUUGGUAAGGAGGACGUUUUAGAAAACACCGAUUCUAAAUUAACUGGCAAAUCUGUGCUAUAUGUGAAGAAAGCUUCGAAUUCUCGAAGCAAGUCACAGAAAAGGAGGAGCUCUUCGAGGUCUGUAAGAGUCAACAACCAACCCACUCUUUCUGUACAUGAGAGCAAGAGAUCUUCAGUUCCAUGUCGUACACCUAAGAGUCCUAUCCAGAAAACUGCGGAAUCGACAAUCAAGGAUCUGAAAUUUUCCUUGACAGAAUUAAUACAAGAUAUUGAUUCAACUAGCUGUGGGGCAAACAUUCUAGUUAUGGAACCUGACAAAUGUUAUAGAGUAAAUGAUGUUGUUAUAAAAGUAGAGAUGUCUUCUCCAAAGAAAUGGUCUGUUGUAGUGAGUAAGGACAGAAUUUUGCAGUACAAUCUUGAUGCACAGAAGAUCAUGAGACCUUGUAGCACUAACCGUGUCACACAUGACAUAAUAUGGACAGAAGAUAACUUCAGUUGGAAGCUAGAGUUUCCAAACAGACGAGACUGGGUGAUAUUUAAAGAGCUUUACAGGGUAUGCUUUGAGCGUAAUUUUCUGAUUGCAACUGCCAGUGCCAUCCCGGUACCCAAGGUUCAAAAAAUACCGUACUAUGAUGACUAUGAGAAUGGUCCUUUUGUACUUCCAGAGUUAUAUAUAAGUGUGAAAGGUGAUGAGUUGACAAGGGCAUUGACAAAAAGAACUGCUAUAUAUGAUAUGGAUUCUGAUGAUGAGGAAUGGCUUGAGAAUUUCAACACUGAGAGUUCUUUAGUUAACCAACAACAUGAACAACUUCCAAUGGAGCAUUUUGAGUUAAUAAUUGAUGCUUCUGAGGAAAAUCUCACCAGCCACCCUGAUGACAAUGAUGCGUCAGAUCUAUCCAUAGAUAUGGCAAAUAAGAAAGUUGUGGAGGCUGUAUAUAGUUACUGGGUGAGAAAGCGGAAGGAUAAUCAUUCUACACUAAGUAGGAUUUACCAGUCAUAUCGGCCAAGAAGGGAUCGAUUACGCACAAAGACUAUUAUACGCAAGAAAAGAACAUCUGCAAGAAUACCGCGUCAGCCUGGGAGGGACAAGCUCCUCUGGCAGAGUAUUCAGAAUGAAUUAAACGCUUUAGAAGAACAGAAAGCCUUGCAUAAGUGUGUAGAAGCAAAAGCUGAAGCAAGUAGAUUGGAAGGGUUAGCAAUUGAACAACGCAAAAGGGCUCAACUGCUCAUGGAGAAUGCGGAUCUGGCUACUUAUAAAGCAUUAAUGGCACGUAGGUUAGCUGAAGCAGCAGCAGCCCAAAGUUCAGAAUUGAUGGAUGCAGUUGCAGCAUCACUUUUUCUUGAAUGAGUGCUGUGAGGGACUGACAAAAUCUAAUUAUUGGUUUGUCAAAUUGCACGCAACCGUUUUUGGGGAGCGAGCUACAGGAUAAAAACAUAAAACUCGGCAGUCUGAACUUUUUUUGUUUGCGUUUUUUUGGUGUAAAUUGUUAGUUAGGCUAGACUGCUAGGACAAGUAGAUGUACAUUAAGUAGUAUCUAUCAUUAACUAAGCUUACAGAAGGUGUAAUUUUAUUUCUACACAAUUAACUCUUGGCAAAAUUUGGUCAAAUUUUAUGUGCCAUUCAGUGGAUAUGGUG